AUGGCUGAGAUCGAAAAGAAAGUCCAAGCACUUUCCGUAGACGACAAGAAGUCCAAGAAGGCCGAAAAGAAGGGGUCCGAUGAUUCUGUGAAGAGACCUUUGGAGUUGAACCCCAAACCAGCUUUCAUUGACCACAGAAUCAAGAUUUUCGAACAGAUUAAGGCUAAACAAGAUGCAGCUAUUGCCGCUAAGGAAAGAGUGCCUGUCAAAGUCACUUUGAAGGAUGGUACUGUCAAAGAGGCUAUUGCCUGGGAAACUAGUCCGUUGGAGAUCGCCAAAGGUAUCGGCAAGUCUUUCAGCGAGAGACAAGUGAUUUCCAAGGUGAACGGCGAACUCUGGGAUCUCGAAAGACCAUUCGAAACUGAUUCGAAACUCGAAUUCUUUGAUUUCGACUCUACCGAGGGAAAACAAGUUUUCUGGCACUCCUCUGCCCAUAUCUUGGGUGAGGGUUGCGAGAACCAUUACGGAGCCCAUUUGUGUUUCGGUCCUCCAACAGAAGAUGGAUUUUUCUACGACAUGGCUAUCGAUGAGGGAGACUACAAAGUUUCGCAAGCCGACUUCUCUAACAUCGAAACUCUUUGCUCUAAGGCUAUCAAAGAGAAGCAGCCUUUUGAAAGAUUGGUGCUGACUAAAGAAGAGCUUCUUGAAAUGUUCAGUUACAACAAGUACAAGGUGGCUUUGAUCCAAAGCAAAAUCCCAGAUGGUACGUCCUCCACCGUUUACAGAUGCGGUCCAUUGAUCGAUCUCUGUAGAGGUCCUCACGUUCCUCACACCGGUAGAGUGAAGGCUUUCAAGGUGCUGAAAAAUUCUUCUUCCUACUUCCUCGGUGAUUCCAACAACGAUUCUUUACAGAGAGUUUAUGGUGUUUCUUUCCCAGACAAGGCUUUGAUGAAAGAACACCUUAAGUUCUUGGAAGAGGCCGCCGCCAGAGAUCACAGAAAGAUUGGUAAGGAGCAAGACUUGUUCUUCUUCCACGAAAUGUCUCCAGGUUCGUGUUUCUGGUUGCCUCAUGGUGCAAGAAUCUACAAUGCUUUGUGCGACAUAUUGAGAGUGGAGUAUAGAAAGAGAGGCUACGAAGAAGUCAUCACUCCCAACAUGUACAAUGCUAAGCUUUGGGAGACUUCCGGUCAUUGGGCCAACUAUAAGGAGAAUAUGUUCACCUUCGAAGUCGAAAAGGAUACAUUUGGUCUCAAGCCGAUGAACUGUCCUGGCCACUGUGUGAUGUUCAAGUCCAGAGAGAGAUCUUAUAGAGAAUUGCCAUGGAGAGUUGCUGAUUUCGGUGUGAUCCAUAGAAACGAGUUCUCUGGUGCUCUUUCAGGAUUGACUAGAGUGAGAAGAUUCCAGCAGGAUGAUGCACACAUUUUCUGUACCCAGGAUCAAAUUGAGGAUGAGGUCUCUGGUGUGUUUGACUUCUUGAAACACAUCUAUGGUAUCUUUGGUUUUGACUUCAAGAUGGAACUUUCCACUAGACCUGAGAAGUACGUUGGUGAAAUUGAGACUUGGAAUCAUGCCGAGGCUAAGCUUGAGAGUGCUCUGAAGAAAUGGGGUGGAAACUGGGAGAUCAACCCUGGUGACGGUGCAUUCUACGGCCCUAAGAUCGACGUGAUGAUUUCAGAUGCUUUGAGAAGAUGGCAUCAAUGUGCCACUAUCCAACUGGACUUCCAGCUGCCAAAUAGAUUCGAGCUUGAAUUCAAAGGAAAAGACGAUUCUGCCGAUGUGCAGCGUCCCGUCAUGAUCCACAGAGCUAUCUUGGGAUCGAUCGAGAGAAUGACUGCUAUAUUGACCGAGCAUUUUGCUGGUAAAUGGCCAUUCUGGCUUUCUCCGAGACAGAUUUUGGUGGUUCCGGUUGGUGUGAAGUAUUUCGAUUACGCUCAACAGGUUCAGAAACAACUGCAAUCUGAAGGAUUCUAUGCAGACGUUGAUCUUUCCGGAAACACUUUGCAGAAGAAGGUUAGAACCGGUCAAGUUCAGAAAUACAACUUUAUCUUCAUUGUUGGUGAGCAAGAACAGAACAACAAGGCAGUCAACAUCAGAAACAGAGAUAUCCAAGAGUUGCAGAGCAAGAACGACAUGGUGCAAUUGGACGAGGUGCUACCUAAACUGCAUGCUUUGAAAACAGAAAAGAGAAACGACAAUGCUUUAUAG